AGCUUAACGGUCGCCAUGGAGCUAUUGGGAGAGUACGUCGGGCAGGAGGGGCAGCAACAGAAGCUGCGGGCGUCAUGUGAGGCGCCAAAGGACGCCGACCGUUUCCAGGGCUUGUUGUCCGGCGUGGCCCAGAUGAAGGAGCAGGUAGCCGAGUUAUUCGGCCCCCUGAUACAGCGGGAAGCGCAGCACCAGGUGGCGACGUCUCCAGACGAGGCCUUGGACGGUGAUGAUGAAGAUGAUACAGAAGAUGAAAAUAACAGCACUAACUCAGAUGGACCAUCUGCAAAACGGCCAAAACCACCGUCUUAAUAAUAGGCUUUUUGAAAUUUAAAAGACUGCUAUCACUUCCUAAUUAUCACACAAUGACAUUUAAGGAAGACUUGUAUUCUAAUUUGGAAAAACAUUUGUUUUGUUCUCCUGGGACAAUUUUGUCAAAGAGAAAACUGGUUUUUCUGUUUCUAGCAAAGAUGAUAAAUAUUUAGAAAUAGAAUCUGUUUUCUUGAGUGAGAAAUAAAUUUUGGGCCACAGAAAUAAAAUAGAACAUUUAAUAAUGUAUAAAAUCCUCUUAAUUUGGCAACUGAAUUUUUAUUAUUGUUUUAUAUUUUUAAAAUAACCACUGAAUGUGUGAUGUCUGCAUCUUUUAGUUUUUACUUCUGUUUCAAAGAGGCUCAUGGGCAAAAACAUUUCAAAGAGCUGACAAGCAAGUGGUGAAAAUUGGGUGUUAGAUGUAAAAAUGUUAUUUAUAAAUAAAAGGAAACUAAAGGAAUAGAAAUACUGAAGAAAAAGGAGAAUCCUUGAGAGAGACCCAGGAAACUUUGAAUUCAUAUCCACAAACAAUAUACAGAUAUUCUGAGAUGAUGUCAGUUAAUGAAUGUAGAUUAAGAGAGCCAGAUGGGAUAUGUUUUGUGCUGUGUUGUGGUAUGCAUGCAAGUACAGAUAUAAAGCCAUAAGUAAAUACUAUGUAUUCACUGUAACUUAGAAUUCCUCUCCUCCUGUAGCCAUACUUUGAUUUCGCUUUUAAAAAGACUGUUAGACGAGACCUCAUCUCUACAAUAAAAUAAAAAAAUCAGCCGGG